UCAACCUUAAUCUACGUAGAAGUGGAUGAAAAGCAACAAUUCUGUACUAGAUGGGGUGCUUACAUACCCAAUGAACAAGUAUAGGAUUUACGCUAAUUAAUUAUUUCAAGUUCGUCGUGAAACAGUAUUGAUUUGAUUUCACAAAUAUAACUUUUAUAUAUUAUCACCCACGCUUAAAUUAAUUUUAUGUCCUCAAUAAAGUUGGUUGGAAGUUAAAAUGGCAGAUAGCACACAGCGGGGAAAUUGGUCCAAUUGGUGUGAGUUUUUGCUGUCAUGUGUAGGAUGUAUGGUGGGAAUCGGCAAUAUUUGGAGAUUUCCUUUUGUCUGCUACAGAUCCGGCGGAGCUGCCUUUCUCAUACCAUAUUUCCUGGCCAUGGCGAUUUGUGGUUUACCGUUAGUCUUUCUAGAGAUGAGCUACUGUCAGUUCUCUAAUCUUGGUCCCGGCAAAGUCUGGGUUAUCUGUCCUUUGUUCAAAGGUAUAGGUGUCGGUAUGAUAGUUUUAACAGCUGUUAUUAGUUGUUAUUAUAACGUCGUACUAUCAUGGACUCUCUACUACCUAUCCAUGUCAUUUAGUCAGACUCUUCCCUGGAGCACCUGUGAUCAAAUCUGGAACACACCCAAUUGUAUUGAUGCUUUUGGGACCCGACCAUUAACCAAUAAUAGCAUCAAUUCAACAUUGUUGGUGUAUAAUCUUUCCAGUGGUAAUAUGAAUGGAUUUGUCCAAGAAUUUACAUCAAAUUUAACGACCUCCGCCACUGAAGAAUAUUGGAAGUACCAUGUAUUACAAGAAAGUACUGGUCUAGAAACUAUGGGUUCCAUACGAUGGCCGCUUGUUGGUUCUUUAUUUGCUGCAUGGGUGUGUGCCUUUCUGUGUUUAAUAAAGGGAAUUAAAUCAUCAGGCAAGGUAGUCUAUGUAGCUGCAACACUACCGUAUUUUAUUUUGCUGGCCUUGUUGAUACGUGGGUGUUUAUUACCAGGGGCUGUGGAAGGAGUUAAAUAUUAUGUUAUCCCGCGUUGGGAAAAACUCCUAGAGUCAAAGGUAUGGCAGGAUGCAGCAGUACAGGUAUUUUAUUCUGCAGGUAUUGGAUGGGGUGGAAUAUCAACUUUAGCUAGUUAUAAUAAAUUCAACAAUAACUGUUACAGAGAUGCCAUGAUUUUACCCGUGUUGGAUUGUUUAACCAGUUGGUUUGCUGGGUUUGUUAUAUUUGUAUAUUUGGGUUAUAUGGCACAUAUAGAAAACAAAAGUAUAGAUGAUGUCGUCACAAGUGGUCCAGGGUUGACUUUUGUAACAUACCCACAUGCUGUAGCUACGAUGCCCUUAGCCCAGUUGUGGUCUGUAUUGUUUUUUGUGAUGCUCUUUUUGGUUGGCAUGGACAGCCAGUUUGUUCACAUACAGACAAUAAUAACUGGUAUAUCAGAUGCAUCACCAACUAUCGGUAAAAAUAGUAAAUACAAAAUGGUUUUAACAGCCGGAUUAUGCUGUGUCGGAUUCCUUUUUGGUCUCCCUUUUGUUACUCAGGGUGGUAUACAUCUAUUAAAUUUAAUAGAUAAUUAUAUAGCAUCUAUAUCUGUAAUGCUAUUAGCAUGUUUUGAAGUACUCGUUCUCAGUUGGUGCUACGGAGUUGACAGACUUUAUGGAGAUAUAUCAAUUAUGAUUGGAUACAGACCUACUAUCAUAUGGAAACCAUUAUGGAUGAUAAUAUCACCUGCAUUUAUUAUGGUUUUAUGGUGUUUUGGUAUUGCUGAUUUAUACAAGAAGGUUUUGGAGAGUAAUACUGCUAGCUGGAUAGUUAUUAUAGGUGUUGUAAUUGGUGUACUACCAUUACUACCGGUACCUACAUUUGCUAUCAACACCCUUAACAAUAUGAGAGGAAAAUCGAUAAAAUUGAAAUUGCUAAGUUCCAUCAAGCCUUCCAUAAAUUGGAAAUCUGUGGCAGAAAGUUGUGAUACUACAAAGGAGGAAGGGGAGCUGCUGCAUGUGCCUCUCAAAGAUAUUAACUGAAAAUCAAAAUCAAAUACAGAUGCUAUACACGCCUACCUCGCGGGGAAGUGGAGACGCCAAUAACGCAGAUAUUUCAUUAAUAAUUAAUCAGUAUAAAAGAAACAUGCAUGUUUACACUUAUUGAUUGUUAUCAAAUAUUAUGAAUUUUUAUAAAAUAA